AUGUCGACUGAAGAGGAAGGAGCAGUAGCUGCCCCAAACCAGAAACAAGAACCCAAGUCCAAGUCUCAGUCUCUAGGCAAUUUUCUAGGAAGCUUGCCCCUCUUUAGCUCAGCCCGAAGCCUAUUUUCUUCUAGUUCAUCAAAAGAGGCUCGUGAGAACAUCAAGUCAGGACCUAGCUCCCAACAGAGUUCUACUGUAGAUGUGCACCACCCCAGAACCCCAGCCAAGUUGGAGGAAAAACCACCAGGAAAUGAAAUGCCUGAGGCAAAGAACAUAUACUCAAAGGUGACAGAGGGAAAGGACACAGUCACUCCUGGGGUGACCAAUAUGAUGGACAUGACCAAAGGCAUAGUUCAGGGUGGUCUGGACUCCACCAUGUCACUUGUGAGCAACACCAAGAAUACUGUGGGCAAAGGAGUCUCUGAUGUUAUGGACACAGCAAAAGGGGCAACCCAGGCUAUUGCAUCAGGCACCAAAGGUGUCAUCCAGAGUGGCUUUGAUACUACAAAAAACAUAGCAACUGGCACAAAGGACACUUUCUGCACAGGAAUCACUGGAACAGUGGAUGUGGCCAAAGGAGUUGUUCAGGCAAGUCUAGACACCACAAAGUCUGUUGCAACUGGAACCAAGGACACUGUUUUCAGUGGAGUAACUAAUGCUGUGAAUGUGGCCAAAGGAGCUAUCUAUGGAGGUGUAGAUACCUCAAAAUCAGUCUUAAGUGGAACCAAGGACACUGUCUUGACUGGUGUCACUAGUGCCACAAAAGUGGCCAAAGGAGCCAUCCUAAGUGGCUUGGACACCACCCAGAACAUAACAACAGGCACUAAAGAUACUGUUUGCAGUGGUCUGACUGGGGCUAUGAAUAUGGCCAAAGGAGCUAUCCAGACUGGCUUGGAUGCUACACAAAGCAUAGCAGCUGGCACCAAGGACACUGUCUGCACAGGUGUCACUAGUGCCACAAGUGUAGCCAAAGGAGUUGUCGAAGGAGGUCUGGACACCACAAAAUCAGUUCUGGGUGGAACCAAGGAUACUGUCUUGACUGGUUUCACUGGUGCCACAAAAGUAGCCAAGGGAGCUAUCCAGAGUAGCCUGGACACCACCCAAAAAAUAGCAACUGGCACUAAGGACACUGUCUUGACUGGAGUCACUAGUGCCACAAAUGUGGCCAAAGGAGUUGUCCAAGGAGGUCUGGACACCACAAAAUCGGUUUUAGGGGGAACCAAGGACACUGUAGUGACUGGUUUCACUGGUGCCACAAAAGUAGCCAAGGGAGCUAUCCAGAGUGGCCUAGACACCACCCAAAAAACAGCAACUGGCACUAAGGACACUGUCUUGACUGGAGUCACUGGUGCCAUGAAUGUGGCCAAAGGAGCUAUCCAGACUGGCUUGGAUGCUACACAAAACAUAGCAACUGGCACUAAGGACACUGUCUUGACUGGAGUCACUGGUGCCACAAAUGUGGCCAAAGGAGUUGUCCAAGGAGGUCUGGACACCACAAAAUCAGUUCUAGGCGGAACCAAGGAUACUGUCCUGACUGGAGUCACUGGUGCCACAAAAGUAGCCAAGGGAGCAAUCCAGACUGGCUUGGAUGCUACACAGAACAUAGCAGCUGGCACUAAGGACACUGUCUUGACUGGAGUCACUGGUGCCACAAAUGUGGCCAAAGGAGUUGUCCAAGGAGGUCUGGACACCACAAAAUCAGUUCUAGGUGGAACCAAGGAUACUGUUGUGACUGGUUUCACUGGUGCCACAAAAGUAGCCAAGGGAGCUAUCCAGAGUGGCCUGGAUACCACCCAAAAAAUAGCAACUGGCACUAAGGACACUGUCUUGACUGGAGUCACUGGUGCCAUGAAUGUGGCCAAAGGAGCCAUCCAGACGGGCUUGGAUGCUACACAAAAUAUAGCAGCUAGCACUAAGGACACUGUCUACACUGGUAUCACUAGUGCCACAAAUGUGGCCAAAGGAGUUGUCCAAGGAGGUCUGGACACAACAAAAUCAGUUUUAGGGGGAACCAAGGACACUGUCAUGACUGGUCUCACUGGUGCCACAAAAGUAGCCAAGGGAACUAUCCAGAGUGGCCUGGACACUACCCAAAAAAUAGCAACUGGCACUAAGGACACCAUCUUGACUGGUAUCACUAGUGCCACAAAUGUGGCCAAAGGAGUUGUCCAAGGAGGUCUGGACACCACAAAAUCGGUUUUAGGGGGAACCAAGGACACUGUCGUGACUGGUUUCACUGGUGCCACAAAAGUAGCCAAGGGAGCUAUCCAGAGUGGCCUGGACACUACCCAAAAAAUAGCAACUGGCACUAAGGACACUGUCUUGACUGGAGUCACUGGUGCCACAAAAGUAGCCAAGGGAGCUAUCCAAACUGGCUUGGAUGCUACACAGAACAUAACAACUGGCACUAAGGACACUGUCUACACUGGUAUCACUAGUGCCACAAAUAUGGCCAAAGGAGUUGUCCAAGGAGGUCUGGACACCACAAAAUCGGUUUUAGGGGGAACCAAGGACACUGUCGUGACUGGUUUCACUGGUGCCACAAAAGUAGCCAAGGGAGCUAUCCAGAGUGGCCUGGACACUACCCAAAAAAUAGCAACUGGCACUAGGGACACCAUCUUGACUGGAGUCACUGGUGCCACAAAAGUAGCCAAGGGAGCUAUCCAGACUGGCUUGGAUGCUACACAGAACAUAGCAGCUGGCACUAAGGACACUGUCUGCACCGGUGUCACUGGUGCCACAAAUGUAGCCAAAGGAGUUGUCCAAGGAGGUCUGGACACCACAAAAUCAGUUCUAGGUGGAACCAAGGACACUGUCUUGACUGGAGUCACUAGUGCCACAAAAAUAGCCAAAGGAGCUAUCGAGACUGGCUUGGAUGCCACACAGAACAUAGCAACUGGCACUAAGGACACUGUCUGUACUGGUGUCACUAGUGCCACAAAUGUGGCCAAAGGAGUUGUCCAAGGAGGCCUGGACACCACAAAAUCAGUUUUAGGUGGAACCAAGGACACUAUCGUGGCUGGUUUCACUGGUGCCACAAAGGUAGCCAAGGGAGCCAUCCAGAGUGACCUGGACACUACCCAAAAAAUAGCAACUGGCACUAAGGACACUGUCUUGACUGGAGUCACUGGCACCAUGAAUGUAGCCAAAGGAGCCAUCCAGAGUGGCCUAGACACUACCCAAAAAAUAGCAGCUAGCACUAAGGACACUGUCUGCACUGGUAUCACUAGUGCCACAAAUGUAGCCAAAGGAGUUGUCCAAGGAGGUCUGGACACCACAAAAUCAGUUCUAGGUGGAACCAAGGACACUGUCUUGACUGGAGUCACUAGUGCCACAAAAAUAGUCAAAGGAGCUAUCGAGACUGGCUUAGAUGCGACACAAAACAUAGCAGCUGGCACUAAGGACACUGUCUGCACUGGUGUCACUAGUACCACAAAUGUGGCCAAAGGAAUUGUCCAAGGAGGUCUGGACACCACAAAAUCAGUUCUAGGUGGAACCAAGGACACUUUCAUGACUGGUUUCACUGGUGCCACAAAAGUAGCCAAGGGAGCCAUCCAGAGUGGCCUGGACACCACCCAAAAAAUAGCAACUGGCACUAAGGACACUGUCUUGACUGGAGUCACUGGCGUCAUGAAUAUGGCCAAAGGAGCUAUCCAGACUGGCUUGGAUGCUACACAGAACAUAGCAGCUGGCACUAAGGACACUGUCUGCACCGGUGUCACUGGUGCCACAAAUGUGGCCAAAGGAAUUGUCCAAGGAGGUCUGGAAACCACAAAAUUGGUUUUAGGUGGAACCAAAGACACUGUUUAUACUGGAGUCACUGGUACUAUGAAUGUGGCCAAAGGAGCUAUCCAGAGUGGUUUGGACACCACUCAAAAAAUAGCAACUGGCACUAAGGACACUAUCUGUACUGGAGUCUCUGGUGCAGUGAAUGUGGCCAAAGGAGUCAUCCAGAGUGGUUUAGAUACUGCACAAAACAUGGCAACUGGCACUAAAGAUACUGUUUGUACUGGAAUCACUGGUACAGUGAAUGUGACUCAAAAUCUUAUCCAGGGAGGUCUAGACAACACAAAAUCUUUUGUGACUGGAACCAAGGACUCUGUCUUCCGUGGUGUGACUGAUGUAGAACAUGUGGCCAAAGAAGCCAUUCAGACUGGAUUAGACACUACCCAAUUAAUCCCUACUGUCACCAAAGACGCUAUGUCUGGAGGAGUCUCCAGUGCAGUGGACCUGACUAAAGAAGCUCCUCAUGGAAGUCUGGAAAUCCCCAAGGUAGCUGCAAAAGACACCAAAGGCCUGGCCUCCACUAUGAUGGAUUUUGAUAAAGGGGUCACCCAGGAAGAAGCAAAUGUACCUAACAGCCCUGGCCUAAGUGAAAAGCCCAGUGUCAACCAAAUGCUAAUAGGCAGCUGGAAAAACCCAGAGCACAAAUCAGAGGAGAAGUUGGCUGUCUUCCUCCCCAUGAAUGAAGAAGAACUAGCUCAGCUGGCUGCCUCUGGUCUGGGGCCAAAGGUGUUAUCCUUAGACCAGAAGAACUAUUUUGUGGAACUGAAAAACUUGCCCACCAGUCUGCGCCUUCGGGCCUAUGAGCACACCCUAAGCAAACUGCAGGAGAUCAAGAGACAGACCUCGGAGGUCUUUUCUGAGCUGCAAGAGACCCUCAGACUGAUUGAAGAGGUCAAAGAGAACAUAGAGAAGAGCCAAGCCCAGGAAGUGGGGCUGGACUGCAGGCAGUCCCAGGACUCUAACCAAAGUGAGCUUCCAGAGUCCAGGCUUCUCCCCAGAGCUCGAAACCUAGUCCAACAACUGCAUGCCAGCUACAAGGCCCUGGGCACCUGCCUCCAAGGCCUCCCCAGUGAGUUUCAGCAAGGGAUUCAGCGGGCACGCUAUUGUGUUGGAGAGCUUCAUGGACUCCUUGCCAUUGCUCGAACCUUUUGGGAUUUGUCUACCAUGGAGCUGGCCCAGAGUCGUCAGAGCCUGAACCAGACAUGGCUGGGGCUAGAGGGGCUGAUGGAGGGCCUGGCCUAUAUGACCCCACUCACCUGGCUGAUGGGACCCUUCUCAUUAAUUUAAUGAGUAAAAUGCUGGGAAGAGUCUCUCUUUCCCCCUCCCACAAGUGCUGAACUGGGGAGUAAAACCACCCUGUGCUUUAA